AUGUCCCUUGAAGACAAAGACGACGCCUGUCUCCUGGUCCCCCCCCAUGCGAUGCCUCUGUUCCCCCCCGAGAUCUGGACCCGCAUACUCUCCUAUGUGGAUGGCGCGAGCCUAUUCAGCGUUGUGCAGUCCUGCCGAGCCUUCUACGCCAUCGGCAUCCGCGAGCUCUGUUCUCAAGUUGCCUGGGUGAAACCCCUGUCGGUCGCGCGCAGCUUACCAUUCUGGGACGCCAAUCCUCACUUCGCGCUGACCGUACGCCGCGUCAAGCUAAGCAUAUGGGACUUCGACCAUCUCACUCCCGACCCUACGCGUACCCUCGUCCAGGUCGUCAACCUGGACGGGUCGGUGCGCACCGUGGGCUCCUUGACCGGCGGUCCGGUGUCGCUGCGACUUCCCGAAGACGAUGGGGUCCCAUUCCGGGAACGCGGCCUCGCCCUGCCGCGCCUCUCCCCCGAAGUCCGUAGGACGCACGUCGUCCGCGCCGACCACGAGCUUUACCUCGCCACCUUGGAUAAGUUGAGGACCUUCGUCGGCUUGCGGAGCCUAUGCCUCUCCCAUACGUCGUUGCCACCGGCCAUGCUCGACAUCAUCCACGGACUCCCUCAACUGCGCGAACUGGCCCUCGAAAGAUGCAUCAUCCCCGAGAUCAGUGCCACCGCGACCCAGUUCGACCAUUCGACGCUGGGAAUCACCGACUUGGUCCUGCGCGACCUUCGUUACAAGAACCAGUGGUAUCACCCACGCACGCCCCAGCAGUUCUACUCGCUCAUGUCCGCCAGAGGGCUGCGACGCCUGCGCCUGCAGCUCGAACAAGACGGCGUCCUACGCAACUUCUUCACCCCUCCCGGUGAGGAGACCACAGCUGCGUCGAAUGAGGCUCACCGCCGGACAGCCGUGCCCACCGGGCUCGUCGAACUCGAGUACGAGGUUCGGUUUCCUGCCAGAGUGCGAGGUACCACGCGGCCGUCGGUCGUGCUCCACUUGCUCUUGACGCAUUCCCCCAACUUGGCCAAGUUGUCGAUCGUGGGCGGCUAUUUCGGCGAACGAAUCCUCCCGGACGCUUUACCGUGCUUGCGCGAGCUUCGCGUACGGGCGCAGGAUCUAAAGUCUGUCCUAACAGCACCGAGCGUGCAGGCUUUAUGGGUAGACUGCGACGACCAAGCGAAGAUUGGGGCUAUAUCGAAAGUUCUCGAGCACGUCCAGGGUUUGCAGCUACCGCUGCAGAGCCUGACUCUCAACCUGCAAGGUUGGGAGGACGAGUUGAUCCAUGCCGUCACCGUCCUAUUCCCGGGGCUGCGUCGCCUGGAUAUGGUGUACCUUCGAGGCCAUCCAUCUGAGGAUACGCUUGUGAGCAUGGGCCAUCGGUUCCUCGCUCGCAUGCCUUUUCUCGAGGCGACGAGUGUAUUUCGCCUGAAACAUACCCAAAGCCACCUGCCUGGAGAGGAAGCAAGCACAUCGCACGUCCACGCCGACGACGAUUUGAAUGCCGAUCCGAGUCUUGAAGCGCUCCAUCACAGCGUACUGCUCUCCUGGACAAAGCACUGUCCGAAUCUACGCUGCGUGCAGCUGCAUCACAGCCGUGUUUGGAGAAGGGCCGAUGAGCAGGAUGUGUGGGUAGCAAGGGAGCCAGACGUUCUAUCGGCUUUUUUCGCAUGA